AUGUCUCAAGACGGAACCGAGGAAGAACAUGAUCGGGAGGAAUUGAGUGAAGAGUCAAAGCAAGAACGUGCUGCAAGCGAUGAAAAAAUCAUUAAUGAAGAGUACAAGAUUUGGAAAAAAAAUUCCCCUUUUCUAUACGACUUGGUCAUUACACAUGCAUUAGAGUGGCCAUCACUGACAUGCCAGUGGUUUCAGGACACGGAGCAACCCGAAGGCAAACCAUAUACAAUACAUCACCUACUAAUUGGAACUCAUACGUCAGACAGUGAUCAGAAUUAUGUAGAAGUCGCUAACGUACAACUACCGAGAGAAGAUUCCGAAUCAGAAUUACGUCGUUAUGAAGAAGAACGAGGAAAUAAUUACAACAAUGAGCAAGUUGGCAAUAGGAUAACGGUGGUUCAGAAAAUACCUCACGACGGAGAAGUCAACCGGGCGCGGUAUAUGCCACAGAAACCUGAUAUCAUUGCGACGAAGACGGUUAAAGGAGACGUUUAUAUAUUUGAUCGAACGAAACAUCCAAUGAAGCCAACCGGUGAGGUAGUGUGUAAUCCCGAAUUGAAAUUAAAAGGACAUACGAAAGAAGGGUAUGGGCUUUCUUGGAGUCCGCAUAAAGAAGGCCAUAUAUUAGAUGCAUCAGAAGAUACUACUAUCUGUCAUUGGGAUAUUUCGGGAAACGAACGAACUAUGGAGCCAUUCCGAGUAUACCGUGGUCACGAAUCAAUAGUUGAGGACGUGGCUUGGCAUACAACAGAUGUCAAUAUAUUUGGAUCUGUUGGAGACGAUCAAAAACUCUUGAUUUGGGACACGCGUGCCGAUAAAAGCGACAAACCAACUCAUACCAUAAACGCCCAUCCAAGUGAAAUAAACACGUUGGCGUUUAAUCCACACAAUGAAUACAUAUUGGCUACGGGGGCCGGCGAUAAGUCGGUCAAUUUAUGGGAUCUUCGCAACUUGAACAUUAAACUUCACACCCUUAUGCACCACCAAGGCGAAGUCAUUCAAUUAGGGUGGUCACCCCAUGAUGAAACUAUUCUCGCAUCUGCUGGUGGUGAUCGGCGGGUUCUCAUAUGGGAUCUUAGUCGCAUUGGUGCAGAACAGACAGCAGACGAUGCCGAAGAGGGGCCACCCGAAUUACUGUUCAUGCAUGGUGGACACACAAACAAGAUCUCGGAUUUCAGCUGGAACCCACACGCACCAUGGGUCAUAGCAAGUGCUGCCGAAGACAACAUUAUACAAGUGUGGCAACCGGCAAGUAAUAUUACGAUCGUAGACGAUUCCGAAGUAGGAACUGACGAACUUGAAGAUUAA